AUGAUGAUGACCGCACAAGAAGAGACUAAGGGCCUCUCUAGAGAAUCACUGCCUAGCUGUGAGAUCUGGCUGGGCUCUGGUGAUGGUGCUUAUGUCUGGAACCGGCAGAGCUGUGGUAUAUUUGAGUUUCUGGCACCCUCUUGUGGCUGGCUCCUGCCCUGCGACGGAAAAUGCAGCAUCUCGGGAACCACUGGUUGCCACGAUCCUGUCAAGAUGGACGUAGUUCUCACUCUGAUGGUCAGCUACCGAGCACCCGUGCCAUCGGGAGGCUCACCGCGCUGGUGCUGGCAGGGAUCUGUGGUGAAGAUAAUCUUGGCACUGGUGUUCUCCACGGUCUGCCAAGAGGAAGCUCGGGAUACUAUUGAUCCGAUUGGCAUAGCUGUAAACAAGUUCAGGGUUCUUGCUUGUACAUGUAGGAUCUGGGAAGAGGCUUUUAGUUUUAUCCAGAAAGGUAUUGCAUUGGAGGAAGAGAUUGCGACAGCAGUGAAGUUUUUACAGAAUCCACGAGUCCGCCAAAGUCCUCUUGCAGCCAGAAGAGCAUUUCUGAAGAAGAAAGGCCUGACAGAUGAAGAAGUUGACCUGGCUUUCCAGCAGUCGGGCACAAGCACGGAUGAGCCACAGUCGCUAAGUCCUUCUACACAGCCCGUGCCAACUCAGCCCUCUCACCCUGUGGUGUAUAGUCCACCUGCCUCCAGAUGGCGAGAUUAUGGGGCUUUGGCUAUCAUAAUGGCAGGAAUUGCCUUUGGAUUCCACCAGCUCUACAAGAAAUACCUGCUUCCUCUCAUCAUGGGAGGCAAAGAAGACAGGAAACAACUUCAGAGGAUUGAGUCAAACAUUUCUGAGAUGAGUGGCAGUGUGACACAGACAGUGACUCAGUUACAGACAACUUUAGCAGCUGUCCAGGACCUCUUAAUCCAGCAACAACAGAAAAUCCAGGACCUCACCCAAGAACUGGCUGCUUCUAAGGCCACAACCUCCACCAACUGGAUUCUGGAGUCGCAGAAUAUUAAUGAGUUGAAAUCUGAGAUCUACUCAUUAAAAGGACUUCUCCUGAACCGGAGGCAGUUCCCUCCCUCCCCUUCAGCUCCUAAGAUCCCAUCAUGGCAGAUCCCGGUGAAGCCAAGCUCACCCUCCAACCCUGUUGUUGCCAACCAUAAUAGCAGCAGUGACAUCUCACCUGUCAGCAACGAGUCUACCACCUCAUCACCAGUCAAGGAGAACCACAGCCCUGAGGGCUCCAAGGUCAGCUGCCAUCUGCUGAGCACGGAGGAGGGCAACAAGGCCGUGAUUGACGUCAAGAGCCAAGUGCGAAUGGAGGUGCAGGGUGAGGAGGAGAAAAGGGAAAACCAAAGGAAUGAAGAGGAGGAAGAGGACGAUGAGGAUGAUGAUGUUAGCCAUGUGGAUGAGGAGGAAUGUCUGGGUGUCCAGACAGAGGACCGGCGAGGAGGGGAUGGUCAGAUUAAUGAGCAAGUGGAAAAGCUACGAAGACCUGAAGGGGCCAGCAAUGAGAAUGAGAUUGACUAAGGCAUCCUGGCUUCUGCUGCUGCUGCUGUACAUCUUCCCUAGCCUCCUGCACUGUCCCCAGUGCCUCUCCCAUUUUGUGGAGAGAAGUGCUAUCAUCCCCUCCAGUGAUUCUCCUGUGAUUGACCUUGAGUAGGGUCGUGAUUGCCCAGAAAACAAGGUGGGCCCUGUUUCACCACAGGGCUUCGCAAUGUUGUGGUGGCUUACUCUCCCCUCCCAGACCCACCUCCUCCCCAUGAGCUGGGGUCACUGCCUAGGCUGGAAGACCAAUCGCCUUACCAUGCAACACAGCUACACAAUAAGUCCUCAUACAAAAAUGCCACCUCUCCUGAAAGAGUCAGCCUCUUAGCUGCAUCCUAGAAUCCUUCUGUCUAGUUCCAGAAACCAAUCUGUCCUGAGCUCUUUGAUUUCACAAGCCUUGAAUCCCC